AUGACAAGUAAUAUACUACUGUCUUUAGACUAUUUGGCGAUAUUCAGUCCAUCUUUAAGUCAAAAUGAAGAUGAUACUUAUAAGCAAUUAUUACUAUAUUAUACGUUCCCUAAACAAACUAUAUUAGACACCGAUAAUAACAAUACCAGUGAGGGUGCUGGCGAUUUUGAUAUUAAUGAUAGAAAUCCCUACAAUACGUGUACCAGUGAUAACAAGAAGAAGAAUAUUGUCAACACUGAAGACAUUGAAGACUGUGCCAUUGAUAUUAAUGAAAAGUUAGCCACAAUUGGUAUAAUCCAGGGUUUGUGGAAUUUCUAUGGGAAUUUUAUAGAUUGUAAAAACAACAAAAACGAUAGUAGGGAUAGAAAUACGGAAAAAUUAGGUAAUAACGGCGAAGAUGACUUUCAAAUAGUAACUUUAAGUAGUUCAAAUUAUAUAAUAACAUACCGUGCUUUAAAUAUUGAUGGUCUCCAAAUCUACAUAACUAUAUCAUUAAAAACUGCAAAUAAGAAUAUGUGUUAUUAUAUUAAAAAUAAAUUGAUCCAAUCUAUUUCAAUAUUUGAAUUUUUAUAUGGUCCAUUUAUAACUCAUUUAACUGGUGGUACAAUGAUCUGUAAUACCAACACCGAUAUUUUAACUUCUACAGAUACCAUUAUCGCAAAUUUCAGGACUUCCAAAUUGACAGAUAAUUUAAAUGAAUUUUAUAUCCCUUUUUGGAAUAAUACUAUAAAAUCAAUACAUAUUUUGCCUUCGAUAUUAAUGACCAAUCCCAAUUCAUAUAAAAUCUCAGAAUAUCAAAUACAAACUGAAAAUUACACCUGGGAUUCAAUGCUAAACAAUGAAAUUUUAUUGAGAGAAGAAAAUUAUUUAAAUAUAAAAGAUAUUUUGGUCUAUAAUAUUCCACAAAGAGAUGUCGUUAUUACUGGUGAUGUUAUAACUGCCACCGAUAAUAUAAAGAAUUUGGGGUUCAUCAGAAAUUUUAAAUAUGACAAUAAAUCCAUAUCGACGAUUUCCAACUGGUUAUACAAUUUAUUCUACGAGAGAAUCCUUACAGGUGGAAACACGGCCACUUCUGAUCCUAAUUCUAACAGUAAUUCUGGUAGCACACAUAACAAUACCUUGUCUGAUAUCACUGGAAGAUUGGUGCAUAAUAUUUCCUUACCUUUACAAUUUGCUUAUGAUGCUGUUCAUGAAGUUGGAAAUAUGACCGGUGUGAGUACCAGUUUAUCUUUAAUAACUGAUUAUUUGCCAAUACCAGGUGGUGGAGAUAAUUUUUCGGCAAUAGGUGCUAAUGUUCCUGCCACUACAAGCAGUGAUAACGGUAAUAAUAAUGAUAAUAAUAAUAAUAAAACUGAUAAUGAUAAUGAUAAUGGUAAUAAUAAUAUUGCAAACAAUAAUACAGGUGGUAAUGGUACUAUUAGUGGUGGAUUAGAAGAAACAAGCGUUUCUUCUAAUCCCAAUAGUAUGACUUGUCACACUAACUUUAUAAUAUCACCUUUCAGAAAUAAUUUGCCAGACGUUUAUGUUGAAUUCGACGAGGACAAUAUCCUAAGAAGCAAAACAAAUGCAAAAACAAAUUACAAACUUUUGAUGUGGUGUUAUAACAGUAUCAUUUUAAUUUUUAUAAUUGAUCACGAUUUCGAGUUAAUUUAUGAUAAAAAUUAUUUGACGGAAUUGGAUAAUACUUUAAUAAAAUGUUUUUCUAGUCAAGAUAAUAGUACGAAUAAUAUUAACGAUAACGCUACCAGCGACUAUGACUUUAGUUAUUAUUUCUAUAAUUAUGAUACCAAACAAUGUUUUACAUCAAUACCUUUCCUCGCGGACAAACAAGAUGAGAGUAAUAAAAACAAGAAUAAUGACCAUAAUAAUCUUAGUGAAUCAAAUUCCGAAAAUACUUCAUAUUUAAUCAAAUCAUUAUCUUUACUUUCCUUUGGGAAAUAUUCCACCAAAACCAAUACGGCAAGCGUUGAUACUACUAACAGAGGUGGCGCCAAUACUGACUUUUGCAAAAAUGAUGUCCCUUCUCGAAAUAUCAAUUUUUUAAGUGAAUUAGAUCAAGGGAAACUAAACGAGUUAAAUAAAUACUUGUGGUCAAUUAUCUUGAAUAAUCACGAGCUAAGAAUAGGCGGUGAUAACAGUAGUGCAAAGAGUAAUAUUGAAGAUGAUGCCAAGAUAAUUAAACUGGACAAUGGAUUAUUAUGUUACAUAGAAAAUAACGCGAAUUAUCAGUUAUUAAUAGUGAAAAAUUGGUAUAAUAAAAAUGGUAAAGUAGGCAAGAAAAAUAAGGAUAAAAUUGAUCUCAAACUUUACGAGUCAAAUCAAAAAAAUAUCAUUAAUAAUAAUAAUAAUAAUAAUAAUAAUAAUAAUAAUAAUAAUAAUAAUAAUAAUAAUAAUAAUAAUAAUAAUAAUAAUAAUAAUAACAGUACUAUAAAAUCGGCCCUAUUCAAUAAUUUAGGCUCUGAUGUUGUUAAUUGGUGGAAUGACAAACAAGAAACCUUUUUUUCUAAACUACCUAAUGAAUAA